UGGGCGCUGCUGUGCAGCUGCUGCGGGCCCGCGCUGUGGCCGCCCCCCUCUCCUGUCGCCGCCACCGUGGCCGGGGGGACGCUGCUGAGGGACCUCGGGAGCCCGGGACGCACGGAGCCGCCGCCGCCGACCUCUGGCUUCCUGUACCGGCGGCUCAAGACGCACGAGAAGCAGGAGAUGCAGAAGGAGAUCCUGUCGGUGCUGGGGCUCCCGCACCGGCCCCGGCCCCUGCGCGGCCUGCAGCCCCUGCCGCCCCCCGCGCUCCCGCAGCCUGGUGGGGAGCCCCCUCCCGGGGGACUGAAGUCCGCGCCCCUCUUCAUGCUGGACUUGUACAACAGUCUGUCGGCCUCCGCCGACGAAGACCUGGCGCGGGAUGUGGAGAGGCUGCCGACCGAGUCCCGCGGAGGGGCCGGCGCGCCUCAGCCCUGGCCACCCGCCCCCGGCACCCAGCCGCCCCUUCCCCGCAAGACUCUUCCACCCCAGGGGCCUGGCGGCACGCCCGCCCUGGCCAGUGCACAGGACAGCGCCUUCCUCAACGACGCGGACAUGGUCAUGAGCUUCGUGAACCUGGUGGAGUCCGACGAUGCACGCCCCCCGCGCCAGCGCCACCACAGGCAGUUCAAGUUCAACCUGUCCCACACACCUGCGGGCGAGGCGGUCACGGCAGCCGAGCUGCGCAUCUACAAGGACUGUGUUGUGGGCGGCUUCAGAAACCAGACUUUCGUGAUCAGCGUUUACCAAGUGCUGCAGGAGCGUCCACACAGAGAUCCUGACCUGUUCCUACUGGAUACCCGGGUGGCCUGGGCCUCCGAGGCAGGCUGGCUGGAGUUUGACGUCACGGCUACCAGUAGCCUGUGGGUGGUGACCCCGCAGCACAAUAGGGGUCUCCAGCUGAGCGUGGCCACGCAGGAUGGUCUCAGCGUCACGCCCCGGGACGCCGGCCUGGUGGGCAGGGAUGGCCCGCAGGACAAGCAGCCAUUCCUGGUGGCCUUCUUCAAGGUCGGCGAGGCACACGUGCGUACCACAAGGUCGGCCCCUGGACGGCGCCGGCAGCAGAGCCGCACCCGCCCCCCACAGCCCCCGGCCAUGGCCAGCGCCUCAGGUACAUCUGAGGGCAGCAGCAGCGAGCUGAAGACUGCCUGUAGGAAGCGAGAGCUGUACGUGAGCUUCCAGGACCUGGGCUGGCAGGACUGGAUCAUCGCGCCCAAAGGCUAUGCUGCCAACUACUGCGAGGGCGAGUGUGCCUUCCCGCUGAACGCGCACAUGAAUGCCACGAACCACGCCAUCGUGCAGACGCUGGUACACCUGAUGAACCCUGACUUUGUGCCCAAGCCCUGCUGUGCGCCUACCAAGCUCAACGCCAUCUCCGUGCUCUACUUCGACGACAACUCCAACGUCAUCCUCAAGAAGUACCGCAACAUGGCUGUGCGGGCCUGCGGCUGCCACUAGCAGACACUGACUGGGUGCCCCACCUGGCACGGCAGGGAGGGAGCGGCCUGCCCCGGUCGCCUCCCGCAGGUCAGUCACGCCGGUCACACCACCCAUGGGCUCUGAAGUGCCUUGUGCCUGGAUGUGGCUGAGACCCGUGUCCACUGGUUUUGUAGGUGUGAUGCCUCCUUUCGGGGUAAGCACACCUCAUCCGAGCCCCAUUGCUGUGUUCUCCACAGAGCAGAGGUGGGCACCUGUGGGGGGGGGGAGGUGCAGAGGCAGCUCGCACCCGUGGAAGCCCGUCCUGGGCACUUCCACACUGCCUCCCAAACGCUCACGCCUCCCCCCACCCCCAAGUCUGCCCAGACUCCAUGCUGAGGCAGUGACAGGCGCUCACUGCGUGGCGCCGAGCAGCAUCUGGGCAGGGCUGUAACUUAUUGUUUACGUCACGCGUUGUGCGGUCACGCGCAGACCAGACCUUUUUUAAAAAAAGUUUAUUUAGAAAGUUUAGUAAACAAAUUGUACCACUUCCAUUUUCUUCCAAUAUGAGACUUGGGGUGCAAAGCAGAGGCCUUGGAGGCAGGUGCCUCGCAGGGCUGGGUUUUGGGGCCGUCACUGGCAUGGCCGUGAGGUGUCCCUUAAGGCAGAGGCUGGCAGGUCUGGCCGGGGUGCUGCAGAGCCUCAGUGCCAGGUGGGGAGCAUGGCCUAGGGGUGCCCCCACCCAACGCUGCGGGCCCAACCCCGGGCCUUCUGGCAAA